UGAAGUCUGAAAGUUUAGAUUUACAGAGGGCACCAGCGUCGGUUAAAUAGACCAACGACUGGUGUAAGGACAGCGACAGCAUCAAGUAGUACUAGUGGAGUAACCAACACAAUCCGAGUAAAAUGAGCCCCUUGUUUUGAUCGAAAUUUUUGUCCACGGUGAAAGUAAUCACAUUGAGACUGACGCUGAAAAUUGACCGGAGGAUCGGACUGAGCAGCUAUGGUGAGAAGCAAGCGUGAACCGGCGCGUGGACGUCCGAAAAAGGACGUCAAAUCCGAGACGCCCAUCACGAAGUACCUGGUGACUCUAGCUUCACCGGGGGCAGCUUCGGAGGUGGAGCGGAGUGCAUCACCAGAACAAACCUCACCGCCUCACAAAAUUACGCUGCUUGAUAAUAGGCCAACGGAACAAGUAGUGCUGAAGGAUUGUUCUCAACGAUCUAUCACCGAUUUUUUCCCUGUUCGUCGCUCCUCUCGCAGGCCUAAGAAGACAAUUGAACUUGAAAGACAGCAAAGCCUCGAAGAAUCUGUACUUUCUCUCACAGAGGAUCACCUCACUGUGUGUAAUUUUGAAGGAAAGGGACGAGGAGUUGUCAGCACAAGACCUCUUGACAAGGGUGAAUUGGUUGUGGAGUAUGCGGGAGACCUUAUCGACAUGAAAGAGGCAAAGCGCCGAGAGCUUGUUUAUGCUGCUGAUCAAAACACAGGCUGCUACAUGUACUACUUCUGCCACGGCGCCACGCAAUAUUGCGUGGACGCGACAGCCGAGAGCGGCAGAAUGGGCCGACUGGUGAACCACAGUAGACAGGGAAAUCUGCUGACAAGAACCGUCUCAGUAAAGCGACGGCCUCGACUGCUGCUUGUUGCAAAGCAGCGGAUCGAACCUGGCGAAGAGCUACUUUAUGACUACGGCGAUCGCUCUCGAGAGUCCCUGAAAAACCACCCUUGGCUUGCCUCAUGACUCAGCUCUGAGCUCUCAUUGAUCUGACCCAAAGUCCUCUUUGACUGUACAUACACUCGCUCUUAACUAUCUCGUUUGCCCUGAGUUGAUGUAGACUAUAGAUAUUGAAAUGUAAGUCACCAUUUUGUUUUAAGAGACUGAACUAAAAUGAAACAGGCGAGAUGUUUCUUUUAAAAUACAUUUGAUGAUCAUAAAAUAAUUAAAUGCUAUUAAUUUAUUUUGUACAAAAAGUGAGUGGUCACGAGGUACAUCACAGGCGGCUGCUCUCUGCUUCAAAAGCUGUAUUGUCAACGCCCUUGGGUCUCAUGGGAGGGGCUUCGAGUGCGGGCUUGGCAACUAGCUGCUGCUCCAUCAGGAACAUUGUGAAGAAGAACAGGAUUGAGCCUGAAAUGUUUAAAG